AUGGACCCCAAUACUGGUUAUCCUGCAGGCUAUUCCGUCCCGACACAGAGCCCCCAAAACCAACAGAUGCCUUUUUACACUAACGCCGCUCCCCCAUACCCCCAAUCAAAGACACCCUCCGCUCAACAUUUUGGUGCUAUGCCCAUGCAGCCUGGUCCUGGUGGAGCUAUGAUGCCUUCAGGUUUCCCCCAACAAUCUUCCGCAGCACCUAUGGAUAAUUUCACAGCGCCUUACACCCAGGCUCCCAUUCCUACCCCCAUGAGUCAAUUUGCCGCCCCUCACGGCACAUCCAGCGCAAACAUGCCAUCUCAAGUAGCGCAGACCUUCUCUCAAAACAUGGCUUCCAUAUCAGCGAACAACAUACUCGGCACACAGCCCAAACCCCCUUCGCAAAUGAACUCGCCCCAAACCGGUGCCUCUCCUGCGGCUCCAAAUCAGGCUCAGGCGCAAGCCCAAGCCCAAGCUCAAGCUCAGUUUGCGGCGCGUGAAAAGGCCCGCGUCACCGCCCUCCUCGACAUCAACUCGGCCUUGUUGCAAGAGGUGGUGAACCUUCAAGCCGCCGGCAAGGCUGGCCCCGCUUCCAACCCGGAUACAAACUCACCGGCGUCCGAGCAACCGGAUGCAUCCAAAGCCAGUCAGAAACCGAGCCCCGAAUACAUUGAGUGCAUGCGACGCCUACAAGCCAACCUAGCCUACCUCGCGACUAUCGCCGAUCGAGCGAAGAAAGCGGGCGGCGUCGUGCCCCCAACGCCAGCGAUCAUGACACCACCUCCCAACCUUCCCGCUGUGAACGAGCUAUAUGCCAGACUCAACGAGCUAUUCUCGCGGUCUGCAAAGGCCUCUACACCACAAAGACCGAGUCCUCCAUCCAUGCAAGGAAAUGGUGGACCUAGCCCUGGCGCUAUGAAUGAGUCUAUUAUCUGA